GCAGCUGGAUUCCACAUCAGUCGAACAGUCUCCGUUGUGCGUACACAAUCGCAAUUUAAAGUAAAUCAAUUAAAGCAGAUAUUUUGCUAAAAAACUAAACUAAAAACAAAAUGAAAUUCUACGUGUGUGUUGUUGCUGUUUUUGCUGUUGCCUUCGCCAGCUUGUGCUUGGUGAGCGAUGCGCUGGUGGCACGCGCCCAAUACAAAAACUCAGCCUACCCCGGCAAAUGCUACAUCAGCAGCGACCUCAUACUCUCGCCCGGCCAAAGCGGCAAGGCGCCGAACAACCCCUGCGCCAACAUCGAGUGCUUGGAUAAUGGCAAUGUGGAAUUCACAAUCUGUCCUGCUGUGGCGCCACCUAAAGGCUGCAAGCAACGUGACUUCGUCAACGCCAACCGGCCAUAUCCGGACUGCUGUGAACGCGCCUACGACUGCACACGCAGCUUUUAAGCGUGAGGAAUGCGGUUGAAACAACAACAAGUUCAAAAACAACAAAAA